AUGCAUGCUCCUUUCUUGUAUGCUGCUCUCUCUAUAGGCAAUGAACGAAACUUUGUGUGCUUCAAGUGCAAACGUGUGGUGGAGGGAGCUCUCAAAGGAUUUCAGCUGUAUUUGAAGCGGAAAGAUCAUAUCCCACCUUACAUCUGUGGACAAGACGGCUGCCUCAAUGAUUAUUUGCUGCGCCCAUCACUGUAUGACCACAUAAGGAAGCAUCACAUGACUGUAGCUCAACAGGUGGUGGCUGUGGUGGCGGUAAAUACAGCUGAUCAUGAAGACUAUUUCCAACAUCACGCUACACCUCCUCAAGCAGUAGCACUUGCAGCAGACGCAGUAGUAGCAGAUGCAGUAGUACCCUUUGUGCCUCAAGAUGAACUUGUGCCAUUUCAGCUUGAAGUACCAGAAGAACACGACGAAGUUGCUGUGGAUCUCCUUCAGAGUGCUGAGAAGUCGGUGCUGCGUCUCAGAAGUGUAACAUAUAUGACUAGUACAGCGGUGGAAGCAGUCCAGAAGGAAUGCUUUUUAUUAAUGGAAGAUACUGCCUUACAUCUUAAAAACAAAGUCCUGGAGUAUUUAUUAAGGACUGACUGUGAUGCUGGAAACUUACACCAACUGUUGAGUGAAUUUUCCCUUUCUGAUCCCUUUGUUAAAAUUCGCACUAAGGCUCAGCAGAUGAGCUGUUUUCAGAAAAAGUAUGGACUUUUGAUGCCAGAGGAAAUCUUUUUGGGCUAUACAAUGGAUUCAAGACUCAAUACUCUUAGAUUAGUAUUAGAGCCUACUCAAGUAGCAGCUUCCUUUCAGUACCUUAGUAUUAAAGAUAUUUUAAAAUCUGUUAUGAGUGAUCCCUAUCUUAGAAAUUUAAUCAUCAAUGGAAAUGUAAGAAGUGAAGAUGGCUAUGUGAGGUCUUUUUGUGAUGGUGAGCUUUAUGCCACUCUACCAGAUGAGCUGAAGAUGUGUGUGAGAGUUGUGCUGUACAUUGAUGACCUUGAAAUAGUUCAAGCACUCUCUGCAAGAAUAGGUGUAUAUAAAGUGGGCGGUAUAUAUUUUGGGAUCCAAAACCUCCCUGCAGAGCUUAAUGCUCUGCUUAGUAAUAUAUUUGUGACAGCACUUGCUUAUGCUGGAGAUGUGAAAAGACCUGAAGUGUGGGCUCCUUUUUUGAAAGACAUGAAGGAAUUGGAAAAUGAAGGUUGUGAAAUGAUUGUUGAUGGUGAGCCUUUCUUUUUUAGAGCUUUGCUUAUAGCCCAGAUUGGUGAUUCUCUCGCUGCUCAUGAGGUGUUAGGGUUCUCCCACUCUUCCAGCAAUGUAUUCUGCCGAUGCUGUUACAUCAACAGAAGUGAUAUGUGGAAAGACGGCACUACUUUAGGAGCUCCCCGUACAAUGGAACGCCAUGCUCUAGAUUUGCUCGGAACCCAGAAUGCAGUCAUCAGAAAAGCCACUGGUGUGAAAGGACCACCAUUGAUUGAUGGACUGCGUUUCUUUCAACCAAUCCGGAAUAGUGUGUUUGACAUCUUUCAUGACCUUCAACAGGGGGUUUGCAAAAUGGAAGUCAAACUUGCUCUUCGUGAGUAUGUGUGCAUAAAGAAAUACUUCACUGAGCAGCAAAUGAACUCUCGCAUUAAAUUUUUUGACUAUGGACUGCCUGAUAAGAAGAAUAAGCCCUCUGCAACUAUAACUGCCAAGUAUCUUGCAGAUAUAGAGUCGUAUAACUUGCACCAAACAGGUGCUCAAAUGUGGUGUUUAACUCGAGCAUUUGGAUUUUUGUUUGGUGACCUUGUCCCCAAGGAUGAUAAGUUUAUGGUAUUAAUUAGUUUGUUAAAUCAGAUCAUGAUGAUUGUAUUCUCUCAUGCUCAUUGUGAAUUUGACUUGAAUAACUUAGAGCACCUUGUUCCGGCACAUCAUUCUUUGUUUUUGGAAAUUUUCCCUGGCCGUCCUGAGCCUGAGCUGCAGGUUGAACAAGAAGCAGAACCCAGUGGUGUUGAUGACAAUGAAGACUGCGAUGAUCCUGAAGAAAUAAAUGUCGACACAGAAAGUGAAGUAUUUGUUCGUCCUGAAGAAUGUUUUGAAGAAUAUGAGGGGCUGCUCUUGUGA